CAGCCGCCUCGCCUCCAUUGCCCCCCAUUACCUUCUCCCCCCUCACCUCCUAAAACCUCCCCCGCCCCUAGCGCCGCGCCGCCACCGCCGUGCCUGUGUGCGCGCGCGGACGUGGGCUCUGCCGGGAACUGUCGCGCGGGACAGGGGAUUGAGGAGGGGGGCGGCGGCGGCGGCGUGGGAUUUGUCCGGUCCGGAGAUUCCUGGGCGAGUCGAGAUGAAGUACGUCCUGGUCACCGGCGGGGUGGUUAGCGGGCUCGGCAAGGGCGUCACGGCCAGCAGCAUCGGCGUCGUCCUCAAGGCGUGCGGUCUCCGCAUUACGUCCAUCAAGAUCGAUCCUUACCUUAACACCGAUGCUGGGACUAUGUCCCCAUUUGAACAUGGUGAAGUGUUCGUGUUGGAUGAUGGUGGCGAGGUUGACUUGGAUCUUGGGAAUUACGAGAGAUUUCUGGACAUUAAGCUGACUCGGGACAAUAAUAUAACCACUGGAAAGAUCUAUCAGUCUGUAAUUGACAAGGAGAGGAGGGGGGAAUACUUGGGAAAGACUGUCCAGGUUGUGCCACACAUCACAAAUGCCAUACAAGAAUGGAUCGAGCGUGUUGCCAUGAUACCAGUGGAUGGCAAGGAGGGACCAGCUGAUGUCUGCGUGAUAGAACUGGGGGGCACUAUAGGGGAUAUCGAAUCUAUGCCGUUUAUCGAAGCUUUGGGUCAAUUCUCCUAUCGUGUUGGUCCUGGGAACUUCUGUUUGGUGCAUGUUAGUCUUGUUCCAGUUCUUAACGUCGUUGGUGAACAGAAAACAAAGCCGACUCAGCAUAGUGUACGUGGUUUAAGGGGACUCGGGCUCACUCCAAAUAUUUUAGCUUGCCGCAGUACAAAGGAAUUGGAGGAUAAUGUGAAGGAGAAACUCUCCCAGUUCUGCCAUGUGCCGGCAGUAAAUAUUGUCACAUUGUAUGAUGUUUCCAAUAUCUGGCGCAUUCCUUUGUUGCUACGGGACCAAAAGGCACAUGAGGCUAUUCUUAAAGUUCUGAACCUGGACAGGGUGGAAAGCAUUGCUCGGGAGCCAAAGUUAGAUGAGUGGGUUGCAAGAGCUUCGAUAUUUGAUGCCCUUCAAGACACUGUGAGGAUUGCUAUGGUGGGGAAGUACACUGGCUUAUCAGAUUCAUACCUCUCCGUGUUGAAAGCCCUCUUGCAUGCAUCUGUUGAUUGCCGUAGAAAGCUUGUUGUUGAUUGGGUUGCUUCAACGGAUCUUGAGGACUCCACAGCCAUUGAGGCACCUGAUGCAUAUAAAGCAGCGUGGGACUUAUUGAAGGGGGCAGAUGGGAUUUUAGUACCAGGCGGCUUUGGUGACAGAGGUGUUCAAGGGAAAAUUUUGGCUGCUAAGUAUGCCCGUGAAAAGAAUGUCCCCUAUCUUGGUAUUUGUCUUGGAAUGCAGAUUGCUGUGGUGGAGUUUGCUCGUCAUGUCAUGAAUCUCACUGAUGCAAAUAGCACUGAAUUCAAUCCUGAUACCAAGACCCCGUGUGUAAUUUUUAUGCCCGAGGGUUCCAAAACACAUAUGGGUGCGACGAUGCGCCUAGGAUCAAGGAGGACAUUUUUCAAGGUUGCUGAUUGCAAGUCUGCUAAAUUGUAUGGGAAUGUCACAUAUGUUGACGAGAGGCAUCGGCACAGAUAUGAGGUGAACCCUGACAUGGUUCCAGAGUUUGAAAAUGCUGGCCUUCAAUUUGUUGGCAAAGAUGAUACUGGAAGGAGGAUGGAGAUUAUUGAAAUACCCAAUCACCGAUACUUUGUUGGAGCACAAUUCCAUCCGGAGUUCAAGUCAAGACCUUCAAAGCCAUCUCCUCUAUUUGUGGGACUAGUUGCGGCCUCAUCUGGGCAGUUGGAUAGAGUCCUGCAAGACUGCUGCAACGGUCAUGUGGUUCCAGCUAAACCCAUUCUAAGCAAUGGCUCUUACAAUCCUACAGUACACCAAAAUGGGCAUCCAAAGAAGCUCGCCAAUGGUCUUUCAAAUGGAACAUACUAUGCCAAUGGCAAUGGUGUGCAUGCUUAGAGCAUCAGUGGAGAGAGCCCCAAGGAUUUGCGACUAUUUGCUUCAAUUUUGCAGUUCCUGUUGCAUCAGUUUUGGCAUGGCUGGCUUAACUAUAUCAUGGUCGCUCGAGAAAGAAAAAGUUCUUUACUCGAUGCAGACUGUCUGCAGGGGAUAGUGCUCGUUCGGUGGUUUUUAGUGAAGGAACCGAGCUGGAUCUCUUUGAAGGCGUGAGAUAGUGGUAUCCGUGUUCCAUCUCUACCCUCUUCUGUCAGCAAAUAGAACAGAUUUGGGUCAGAAGAGUUUUUAUCUGUAUAUCUGAAAGAAAGGCUGAAUGUUUUGGUUGCUUAAUAGAUUUUCAGUGAGUUCUAAAGUUGACGCUGAGAAUGCACUGUAAUGGAUUAGAGAAUUUGGACCUUAGGCACUCUAUUUGGAUAUUGGACAGUUUUUUGUGCUCUUGCGCAAAUAAGUUAACGCUCUGCAUGAUUAUCA